AUGGAUGCGCAACGCGCUGCGCAGGUAUACCCGGUCCUCCUUCACCUUCAAUCUAUCGGAGUCACCAUACCUGAGCUUAUCACAUCUGUGCUUGUCUUUGGCUGCUGUAAUGAUCUCUCUAACCCCUGGUAUCAAGCCCUCAUCAAUGAUACUGCUACUGUGUUCUCGGCCUUUUUCCACCACCAGCAUACCUCGGACGCAUCAAAGCGCUGGGCCCGUCAACUGAUGUCCAAUCGCUACUCAGAUGCUGUCCAGCGUCUGACGGGUGUAGAGCGUGGGUGGCACUUCAGUGCAGCCCGGGCGCGCCCCGAGCAGAUACAAGAUUUUCGCAUGGAAGACAUGGCGGGGGAGAUUGCGCGCACGGAGCCGGAGCUUUGGGCGAUGGUGAGAUACCUUCUAAGCGGUUCUCCCAUGCCCGAUGCCAAUUUUACCGUGGCGAUGGACACCGAUGGUAUGGAUGAUGCGGAGUCAGAAGAGGAGGACGCGGUUCUUUGGGAGAUGGUUGGGGACAUUCCGGGCGAGGAGACUCGUCCUGCGCAGUCAAGGGUGCCUGGUUCUGCGCGGAUUGGGCGAAAAUGUGUUACCAAGAAUCCUAAUGUUGUUUGUGUACAAAAGAAAGCUGUCGUGAUUAUCAGCAUCCUACUGCAACAUCGCGAUCAACGAUGCAACACACUGCAAAGUACUUUCGGCAUAUUUCUCCACUCAUGUAACGCGCCCGAGAAGCUCAUCAAAGUCCUUGCGCACAUGGGCCUUUCCAUGUCCCUCACAUCUGUCCACCGUGCCCUGAAUUCCCUUGCAAUCCAUAGUGAGAAAACUCUUGUCGAUCUUGGACAAACCCAUCUUACUGCCUAUGCGUACGACAACUUUGAUGUGGAUGAUGUCGCGCUCGUCCCUACUGUGGAGGGAUCAAGGGAGCGCUUAAUGCAUCUUACCUCUGGUGCCCUGUUCCGUCUCGACCCAUCCAUUCGUCUCGAUGACCUCCGGUGCUCAAGUCUAGUGUGGGAUCGCUCUGCGGAGAACCCCCUCGCGUCCGAUCCCCGGCCUUUCAACCCGGAGUCUACUAUAGACUGCCUGCUUGGGCUACAUCCCGAGCCUCCUGUUGGCCCGGGCACUCUUACAUGCCGUGGUCGUUUCCGGCGGUGGUUCUUCGUCCGCACCCUAUGUGAACAUGGCCCUCCAUAUUUCAAACAACUGCUGUCCCAACUUCAAGAUCCAGAGACAAUUGAGAUGCUGCCUCUCCGAAAGCUCGAGUACCAGCCCUUCAGGGCGAUGGACAUAAACGAAUCAAAGGUCGCGGGGAACAUCGAUGCCAUACAGGCCUUGUAUGCGCAAAGCGGGGUCGGCGACCCAUCGCGCCCUGCGCAGUCUCAUACCAAGAGUAUAAACGAC